UGGAGUUUUAAGCAUUAUCUUGUACAAGGCGAUCAAUCAUCACACACUUCCUUUCCUUCUGAGCCAAGAGGGAAGCUUGCUCGAACAAAUGACACAUCACAGCUGGAAUCAAGGAUCAGAUACAGGCCGUAACUACUGUUGGUACUACUGCUGCUUCAUUGCACCUGCUGCAGACUGCCGAGUUGGGCUCUCUCAAAUGUGACCUCCAGCGUGCCAAAACCCACCUUCGAAGAACCGCGGCAGAGGCCCCCAAAGAGAGAGAGAGAGAGAGAGAGGAGCCGCCUUUGAGCGUAGGAGCGAAGCCCCCAAGAAAGCGGAAAAGAGGAACAAAAAAGACACACACACCGAAGCCGGAACGAAGCAGAGGGGAUGCGAAGCACCGUACUGCCCCUCCUCGACGGCGGCGGAGGCGUCGACGACGACCACCACCGGAAGGAACUCUUCUCCUCUGUCUACUGGUGGCGGUCCCUCCCCGAGUUCGACGCCGGCGGACGGGCGGAGGUCUUCUCCUCCAGGGCCUCAGGCGGCCUGACGCCAUGGCUCCGGGUGGUGAAAGAGCUUGAGAGGCUCGCGGUGCUGGCGCACGAGUCGCUCGACGAUCUGCGGCACAAGCUUCUUACUUAUAGAGCAGGGGAUCUCUGGUUCCCUGCCGGUGGGAUCCCGAAGCAGGAGACCGACAUCCCGCCGGUCAUCACGAUUUUGCUACUUGGUCUUGCGGGAUCGGGGAAGAGCUCGUUGGUUAAUCUCAUGUACUCCGUCUUCGGCCGGUCCGGCUUCGUCCCCUUUGCCCAUACCGCUUCCCCUGCCGGGAAGGAUGGGCGGACGCAGUACUUGGAGGAGCACAACGUUUUGAGGUCGACGCGGAAUGGCUUCUGCGUCUUCGAUUCCCGGGGGCUCGAUUACAACCGGCUGGCGGAGGGUCUCGACGAGGUGGCGGAGUGGAUGGAGGACGGCAUCCGCCACCGCCAGCCCUGCCGCGGUUCCGCUCUCCCGGAACCCGCCUCCGCCGGUCCCUCCUCCGCCGCCGCCGCCGCCGCCGCGGCCAAGCGCUUCGUCCGACGACGGGUCAACUGCGCCAUGGUCGUCGUGGACCUCUCCGAGCUCCACCAAUCCCUCGUUUCCGGCGACCUCCGGCCACUCGAGGCCACCCGCGAGCUCUUCCAUUCCCCUUCAAUCCAAACGUACUGCAAUGAUAACCCCAUCCUGGUGCUGACCCACGGCGAUGAGCUCACCGCGGAGGAGCGGAUCAACACAAGGGUUCGAGUCUGCGAGUAUUUGGGGGUCUCGGAGACGGUCGGGGUCUACGACGUGGCGUGUGUCAACGAGCAUGGGUGCGUGGACGAGGCGGAUCCGGUCACCGCUUACGCCGUGGCCGAGGCUGUCUACCGGGCCCUUCUGGUGUCCGACCGGGGCCACCCCCCCAAGCCCAACGUCAAGGACUGGCUCAUCUUGGUCCUCUCUUGGGCCAUGUGCGCCCUCUCGGCCUUCUUUGCUUUCCUUUCCGCUUCUUGUUCCAAGAUGGCCAAGGCCAGCAGAGAGCAGAAAUUUAGGCCGCAAUAGAAGUGAAGUGGAAGUGGCUUGUGGAGCAGCAAUUUAGGCCACAAGAUUGCCAAGGGUUGCACUUGGGCUUGUUUUGUUUCACAUACCAUGGUUCCAUCAAAACACAUAGUUUCAGUCGCAUCGUGCCGAUUGCAUAUGUCGCUCGGGUCUGGAUCGGUCAAAUGGAAGGACUCGAACAAUAUGCUACAUGAUUAUGGUUUUCUAGCCUGACAGAACCCUACUUCCACUUGGAUUGGGAAUAUUGGGUUGAUUUAAGAGUCAACUUGGCAUGGAAUUGGAAAUUCUGCUGGUUGGAUUAGGCUCGGCUUGGUCAUUAGACUGAUUUGUAUUGUUCAAGUUGUACCAUUAGUACUGGGGUGUGGUUGUAACUGAUAGGAUGGUGAUGGUUGGAUAUGUGAGCUUUGAUGAGAUGAUUAGUGGUGUGAAUAGAGAAGGGAGAGGGCUUCUCAUCUGAUCAAAGCUAACAUUUUUAGAUUAUUUAAGAGGAUUAUUUGGUGGGUAACAUUGUUCUUUGUUGGUGUUGUUUAGACAAUGCCAUAGAAGCGGAAAAUUGUUGUAUGUUCAUUUCUAUGUUAUUCGUUGUUUGUGUUAUAGUUCAUUCA